GAAAAUGAAUUAUAUCUUAUAAUUUAUACCAUAACAAUAUAGUAUAAAGGGAAAGGAAUGAAUUAAGUACGAAAAUUACAAUGCAUCGAGCUUUUAUUGCCCUCCUGGUCGUAAUGCUGCUGAAGGCUACGAGAACUACAACCGAACCCACUGGGGUAUUGUUUCUCAUCUCCAGCCAAGACACAGCAUACCAUCGUCCAUUAGCAGCACGUCUACGCCAUGACAUUAUUAACCAAGCCGAAAGCCAAUUGGACAACACUAACUACAUUGUCACUGUUCAUAUAUUACAUGAAAUAUUCAAUUUUCCAAGCUAUUGGGCGAUAAAAAAUUCUAUGCCCUUAGUGCGCUCCAAACUGCUUGAAGAGCAUACCAAAUGGGUGGUGUGGUUGGAGGAGAGUACACAUGUCUCACUGCUGCUGCUUUUAGAACAGUUAGCCCUUGAGGAUGCGACACAGUAUAUUUAUUUGGGUCAUACACUCUAUGAACAUCAGGCUAACAUCAGACAUCAUUUUGCUUUUCACAAAGAUUCGGAAUGGUUUCCGUUUCCGUUUCAACGCGCGGGAAUUAUUUUUUCAAGAGCACUAAUAAUCAAGACAGCAGAUGAAAUGGAAGCAACAAAUAUUUAUAACUCUCCGUUUAUCAUAGAUAUGGAACACGAAUUAGCGAUUUACAUAUACAACCAAGUAAAAAAGAAUGCUUUUGAAAGUAAAUACAGUGGCAAAGAUCCCGUAGGUACCAAGGAACUCAACACCGUACGAAAAGUGCUAAUGCGAAAAGCGCAUUAUAUUUGCCCGCUAUCGGGCGAAGAGACUAAAACUACGCUGGACGAGAAGUGUGCAAUGUACGCUAAGCCCAUGGACAAGAGCAGUUGUGUUACUCUACGACCACAAAACAUUUUCUUUGCGGUCAAAACCUGCAAACGUUUUCACAGCGAUCGAAUGCCUAUCAUAAAAGCAACUUGGGGACGUAUUGCCACCCAUAUUCGAUACUACAGCGAUGUAGCAGAUCCGAAAAUUCCAACAACUUACACAGGUAUACCCAACACAGAAAUUGGACAUUGUGAAAAAACCUUGAAAAUAUUGAAGUUAGCAUUGCAAGAAAUCGAUGAAUUAAAUAUGCAGUUGAAAAAUUUAGUGUCUGAGCGUGAUGAACGUAUAUACUGGCUGGUUUUAGCGGAUGAUGAUACGCUGAUAAGCAUUCCGAACCUUUGUGCGCUGCUUGGUUGUUUCAAUCAUACACAGGAGAUAUACCUUGGAGAACGAUACGGUUUUCAUCAAAGUAUUAAUAACGGCUUUAAUUACAUAACUAGUGGAGGUGGGGUUGCCAUGAGUUUGCCCGCUGUACAAAAAUUGAUAGCUUAUUGUCAUUGCAUUCAUCCUCAAGACGCCGAUGACAUGUUGUUGGGAAUCUGCUUCAACAGCCUGGAAGUGCCAAUUAUACACUCUCCGCAAUUUCAUCAGCUUCGUCCCCAGGACUAUUCGGGCGAGGUUUUGGCGCUUGAUCCACCAAUUUCAUUUCAUAAAUUCUACGAUACGGAUCCAUUUGCUGUGUAUGAGCAAUAUUUUGCCAAUUUUGAUAGGCAGAUGCUGCAAGAAAUAAAAAACAAAAGUUUUACAAAUCAAAUAGCUACUAACUGAUUAAAAAGUAUUAAUAAAAAUAAUCUUAUU